AUGCUCAUCCAUCUCGCAAGCAAUCUAGAGUUGCGUGAGCAGCCAAACAUUGCGCAAGACUCUUCCAGACUUUUGGCUCCGCUGACAGGGGCUGCCGAUGAAGUCUUUUAUCUGUCCCCGAUUCAAGAGGAAUACUUCCUGAGCUUGUACUGGGAGACCUAUCACACAUCAUUAUACGCCAUCGUCGAUGAGGCGAGCUUCAAGUCGCACGUUCAGAGUCUUUACGUUGAUGUUCCCCCAGGGCUACCCAGAAAGCAAUCGGCGCUAGUGGAUAUCAUCAUCGCCAUGUGUAUGCAAUAUCAUGUCUCCUCUCGACCUACUGGAGACAAGACGAACAUUGUGGAAGACAACGACGCAACGCUGGCUGGUCGGUGGUACUAUAGGCGAGCUCAGACGCUCUUAGCUUGCGAAGUCGAAAGCCCCUCGCUAUCAACGCUACAGUGCCAUCUACUAUGUGGCGUGUACGUCUGUGUGGGAUCGUUUCACAAUAUGGCGGAUAGUAUUUGUUCUCUUGCUGUUCGGACAGCUUAUAUGCUUGGAUUACAUCUAGAUCCACCGUCCAAUUUGCCUUCACGAGAACAAGAGCUACGGAGACGCUUGUGGUGGUCUGUCUUCGAACUCGACACCAAGGUCGGUAUCAAAGUCGGCCGUCCGUUCCUCGUUCGUACAACGCAUGCCAUGCCUCAGCUACCCAGCGACAAUCUUGCAGCAGCCAUGGAGUCAGGAUCGACCUUUGCGCCCAUCGGGGGCAAUGCUACCUGGCUGAGCCUCAACUUGCAAAGGUACAAACUCUACCAAGUUGCGCGAGACCUGAACCUGUCUUUCUUCAGCCAGGAGGUUAAAGUCAAGGAUGGCCAAUCUAUUUAUGACGGCUGCCGCACAAUGGACGAUCUUGCUACCAGCUGGGGGCCAAAAGCCGUAACCCUAUUGGACUGGACGAGACAAGUUCCCGACGCCCUCAAGAAUAAGCGAAAAGACGGUAUAGCAUUUUCUGGUGAUGGUUCAGCGCUCGAACUCGAGCAAUACGCACCGCUCUGGCUUCAAAGACAAAGGGUAUGUCUCGAGCUGGAGUACAAUCACUUAUCCAUCAGCCUUCUUCGUCCCUUUAUCUCAUUUUCCGUUCAACACGGGAGCUCAACCAUCGAGAUGGCCGCCAAGUGUGCCCAGCAUGCUAUGGAAUUGACGAAUAUUACCCAUCAAGUCUUGACCACAACAACAAUAAUCACCGGUUGGCAUGAGGCGUUCCAGUGGCAGUGGAGCGCCGCAAUGACGCUAGUUGGCUUUGUUGUAGGCAAUACGCAACAUACCCUAGCACCAAAGGCUCGACAGUCGAUCGGAUUAGCAGUUACAGUUCUCGACUUGUUCGCACCGAGCUUUGACGCUGCGGCAAAAGCAGCCAUUAUCGUCCGAACGUUGCACGCAAAUAUUGAAGCGGUCAUGUCACAGUUUGGGGAAGGUCGAGACGGCAUUCUUGAGUUCUGCAAUGACAAUUCCUUAUUAGGUAAAGAGGUUCUACUACGGGAGGAUGUUCCUAGCCAGUUCGAUGCUAUUGGGGGCGAUUUUGAUCUUUUAGAUAUGGCCAUGCACGUUGACUUCUGGGCAGAGUUGGAUAUGCUUUUGCCAGGCAGUUUUGGGACCGAGGGAAUUGCAUCAUGA